CGUCGGGACACCAUUCGUCGGGACACCAUCAAAUGGGACAUCAAUCAUCAGGUCAUAAUUCCGAUACAGGAUUAAUUAACUUAGACCUUCUUAAUCCUAAUAGUCCGUCAAACGUGGCUGAAUUGGAUUUAGCUAAACAAAAAGUUCUGGGUGUGGGCUUAGGUGGUGGUGGAGCAGGAAAUGGUGGAGCAGGAAAUGGUGGAGCAGGAAAUGGUGGAGCAGGAGGUAGUGGGGGCGGGAUGGGUGGUAUGGGCUCGUCAAAUAGUGGACAAAACUCUGGAGAAGGUUUAAUUAACGUAGACUUGUUGAACCCAAAUAAACAUGGUAAUGUAGCGGACGUGGGUCUCGCUGGUCAAGAUUUGUUGAGUGUUGGACUUGGUGCACAUUGAAAAUAUUUAAAGGAAAAAUCCUUAAUAAUAAAUUUAUGAGCAAUU